CGCUGAGUACUAGCUACAUAGGUUAAAAAAUGCCAACCGUUCUGGACUGGAAUAAGGUUUCAGGAAUUGACCCAGGAAUCCUCCUGGAAUGUGAGAAAGACGAAGUGGAUGAAGUCGUCCGCAUGUUUGUUUCGACAGAAGAAUGGGAGGUGAAGGAUAAAGCUCCAGAGGACAUCAUUCACAUCCUCAGGGUGUGUCAGGCCCUCUUGAAGAUGAAAGAUCGGGAGGUGAUUCUUGCUGAUAAUUUCAUAAAUGAGAUUGGCUUGCAACAGGCCAAAGCUGAGAAGGAAUUCCUCGCAAAGGUAUCCAGGCUGGAACAAGAUCUAAAGCAGCUCGGCACUGGGCCAGAUGCUCGCUUUCUUAGAGAGGAGAUUCGGCAGCUCGAGGCCCAGCUGGAGGAGCGAGAGAAGGACUUGACCCAGUUAAGGAAAGACAUGGGAAAGGAAAAGAAAACCAAUGAAGAGUUGACCACGAGAUUAGAGGAAGCUGAAGAUGCAGUGAAGAAGCUGAAGAGAGAGAACGAGCAGCUUCAGCAGGAUGUGGAUUUCUAUCGCAGAGAGCUGGACCAGAGAGAUCCACUGCCAUCCAGAGACGAGACCGCGGAGACUCAGAGGAAGCUCAACCUGGCAAACCGCCAGCUUUACCAGUGCUUGGAAGACCUUCAGCGAACAGAGGACGAAAACGCACACCUGAAAACACAGAAUGAGCAGAUGCAGAAAAGCCUGGAGGAGUCUGUGAAGGAGAUGGAGAAGAUGACUGACGAGUACAACAAGAUGAAGAUCGUCGUACAGCAGACCGACUCCACUGUGGACCAACUACGUCAAGAGAGGGAUCAUGCGAAGCUACAAGUGAGAGAGCUAGCAGACGAGAUUCAGAGGAUGACCCAAGAGAAUGACCCAAUUAUGGCUGCAGUCAACGCUAAAGUGGAGGAGUGGAAGAGAGUUCUCUCAGGGAAGGAUGAGGAGAUUUUGGUUUACCAACAAAUGAUUCGAGACCUGCGAGAAAAACUACGAUCAGCUCAGUUAGACUUGGACAAAAGCAACGUCAUGGCUCUGCAACAGGCCGUCCAAGAGCGUGAUAAUCAAAUCAAGAUGCUGAGCGAGCAGGUGGAGCAGUAUACCGGAGAGAUGGAGAAGCAUGCCCAGCUCAUCCAGGAGCUGAAGACGUCCACUAGCAAAGACAGAGGUUCUUCAGGCUCACAGCAGAGAAAGCUGGAGGAGCUGAAGUCCACGCUGAGAGCUGCAGAGAGCAGAGCAGUGGACGCAGAGCAGGCCCUCAGGCUGGCAGAAUCUCACGCUGAGGAGAAAGACCGAGCUCUUAUAGAAGCUUCAAACCGCCUGAGUCAAUAUGAGGCUGGCACUUACGGCCUGGAAGCAGCCAUUGCAGAGAUCAAAGAGUGUAAUAAUCAAAUUAGACUGAGAGACUGUGAGGCUGAGGCCAUGACCAAAGAGAUCAACCAGCUUGGGCUGAGAAUCAAUGAUCUCAUGGAUGAAAACGAGGGUCUCAGGGAGAAACUGGGUCUGGAGCCAAAGCAAGAAGUGAAUCUGACAGAAUUCAAACGUGCCAGGGAUCUCAGGCAACGGCAAUACAAAGCAGAAAAUCAAAUACUUACCAAAGAGAUUGAGCGACUGGAAGAGGAGCGGCUGGAGCUAAAGAAACAAAUCAGGCGCCUUGUGAAAGAAAGAGCUGUGUCUGGAGUCAUUCCCCCCACAAGUCUGGAGCUGGAUGAGGGCGCUGUGCUCAAACUCAGCAACAAGGAUGAAGACAUUCGACGCAAGAAUGAAUUCUUGGAGAAAGAACUGAGCAGUAAAGAAAGAGAGCUGGAGCUAAACAAGACUGAAUUUCAAGUCAAAUUGAAUGAAUUGUCAAAGGUUAAGGGAGACCUGGAGGCAGCACUGAAAGAUGUUCUUUCAGCAAUGAGGAACAGUCAGCAGACCACUCCGUGGGCUGAAGCCACAUCUAAUGCUCAUAUGAAGAAGCUGGCUGGAACUGUAGAUGUCCGUGGUGAAACGGGGCGGUCCGGUUCAGACCCCAAGUCCCAAAUACAUGAACUGAUCGGAAGGAACGAAGAACUGAGGCAGGAGCUGAAGGCGGCUCGAGAGGAGGCAACCAACAGCUACAGCCAGCUCGUGAGAGCCCAAGAAAAGGUGAGCCAGCUGAAAGGUGAACUGGAGCUGCACAGGAAGUCGGGCAGCAGUGGAGUUGUCCCUCGACCUCUGACCCUGCCUGAGGGCCUGAGCCCCAGCAGCACUGAGGUCAUCAGCUCCCUAAACGAAUACGCCGUCCGACUGCUUCAGGAGCUCAGCAACAAGGAAGAAAUAAACAAGAGACUGACUGGAACGUUGGAGGAGUACAAAGAUAAGUUUGCUGUUGUUAGCCAUCAGCAGGGACUUCUCUAUAAGGAGCAUCUAAGUGAGAAGGCAGAGUGGCAAAAAGAGAAGGAAGCAAUCACAGAAAUAAAGACCAAGCUGGAGGAACAGCAGCAAGUGGACAGCAUUAAAAUCCAGCAAUUUCAUGAUCUGCUGAACACUCUUGAGAAAGACCCGGAGGACAUCAGGAGGCAGCUGAGCGAAGCCUUCGGUAAGGUGACAGUGCUGAAGGUGAAUGAGAUGAAGCUGACUCGCCGCUACACCACCCUGCUGGAACAAGAACAGCACCUCCUAAGGGAGAACAGCAAGCUGAAGGAGGAGAGCAGCCACACGCGGGUGUCCGUCAUUCAGAGGAUCGGCCACCUGCAGCGACACAAGGAAAUGGCAGCAUAUAAGAUAGCAGCUCUGCAGAAGGCCUUGGAUGACAGCGUGUCUCUAUCAGAACUGGAGAGGGCGAACAGACAGUACACAGAGCUAACCAUCAAAUACAGAGACGUGCUGCAGAGGGACAGCUGCCUCAUACAGAAAUCUACCAACCUCCAGCAUUUGCAGAGUGAAAAUGAUUCCCUCCAAGAACAAAUCAGAUCCAUGAUUAAAGAACUGGAGAUCACAAAGGAGAAACUCAAUACCCUGGAGCAAGCAUGGGAGAAAGUCAACACAGUUGUGUCUCCAGGUGCAGAGACUGGCCUGGAUAAAGAAGGCAAGGCAACCAUCAACAAUGAAAUGGUCUCUGCUGCGAGAAGAAUCACCACUUUAGAGAUGAAGGAGUUGAAUGAGCGACAGAGAGCUGAGCAUGCCCACAAAAUGUACGAGCAUGUGAGGAACUCCCUGAAGCACGUGGAGGAUCGCAACUUGGAGCUGGAGUCCAAAUUUACAGAGUUGACCAAGAUGAAUGCCGAGGCCCAAAAGACGGAGAGAGAGCUAAGAGAUGAGCUGGCGCAAAGCAUCAGCAAAGCUGUGAGCGAUGCUGACAGGGCCAGGAUCGCAGAGCUGGAAAAGGCCGAGGCGGAGCUCCGGAUUGAAGUCUCAAAGCUUCAGGAGGUGUCAGAGGUCGCUUUGACCCAGGUUGCUGCUUUACAGGCCAAACAAAAGUCUAAAGAUAAAGAAGAAGAAGCUUUGAAGAAGCAAAUACUAGAUUAUCAGUCACAGUCAGAUGAGAAGGCUCUGAUCGCAAAGCUCCACCAGCACAUUGUUGCUCUGCAGCUCAGUGAAUCGGCAGCUCUGGAAAAACUGGAAUCCUACACAACUCGCAUCCAGCAGCUGGAGGCCCACAAGCUAAGAGCCGAGCAGCGUCUGGACGCCUCAGAGCGCUCCCUUUUUCUCGCUCGCCAAGAGGCCAGGAAUCGCUCCAGGCACCUGCGGCAGACCAUCCAGUCACUGCGAAGGCAGUUUGCUGGAGCGCUGCCACUUCCUCAGCAGGAAAAGUUUUCUGUAGCCAUGCUGCGACUUCACGAGGAUAGAGUGAAAGCCCAGGAGGAGAGGAAGAAAGCUGAGGAGGAAAAGCAGAGGGCCCAGGGAAGAGCAGAGGAACUGGAACUGAGACUUCAAGGUCUGCAGGAGCUCAUCUCAACUCUGAAGGAUGUGAAAGGAGCACAGAAGGUAUCCGAGUGGCACAAGAGGAUGGAGGAGGCUCGGCUGCAGGAACUGAGAAAAGGAAGGGAGCUGGCGGUCCAGAAGGAGGAGAUCAGGUACCUGAAGAACCUGGUGGGAGAGCAGGAACAAACCAUCCGCACACUGGAGGAGGAAAUAGUUCAGCUGCAAACACUUAACGAAGAGCAGCAGCUUGCAAGAGAUCAACGAGAAGUGGAGUUAGAGCGUCAACUGGAGGACUACGAGAAGCACCAGAGUGAGAUCGUUGGCAGCGCUGAAAAGAGUGAAGAAGGUUCAAGCCUCUUUCCAGACCCAUCUUUACCUCUUUCCCAUCAGCUGGAGUUUGCACUGACCAAAAUAAAAGACGAUAAGCGGAUCAUCAUGGACACUCAGGCCACUUGCAAAAGAUUAAAUGAGAGGUUGAAAGAAAAGGAGGCAGCUCUGCGGACUGCAGAGCAGAACAUCUUAUCCAGGGAUAAAGUGAUCAAUGAGCUGCGUCUUCGUCUCCCAGCCGCUGCCGACCGAGAGCGGCUGCUGGCAGACCUCACCAAGAAAGAAGAGGGUCAAUCAGAUACCCAGCCUGCUCUCAUGGUGGCCCAACAGACCAUCAAAGACCUGCAGGGACGACUGGACAAAAAGGAAGACUUGCUGAAGAAGUACCAGCACCAGCUGGCUAGAGUCAGACAGGAUCAGGACCAAAUGAUCAAAAGGCACCAGGAGGAGUUGAGGACGUUGCAUCAGAAGUUGGACUUAAAUACAGAUGCCUCCCUGGAUCGUUUCAAACAGACAGCCAUGGAGUUGAUGAAGAAGCCGACCAUCAGGUUACCGACCUCCCAGCACCUGGAGCGGCUGGCCGAGCUAGAGCAGACAGUGACGGAACAGGAUAUUUCUCUGGGCUCCAUCUCUGAGAAGCUCAAACAGGCCAAUUCUGAGCUGGAGAAGCAAAGGAUCACCAUGGAGACGCGAGCUAGAAAACACACGGAUGACAUGACAAAACUGGAGGAACAUUAUGCUGCCCAGAUGAAAGCUUUGACUGAUCAGACUCAGGAUCAGCAGAGCCAGAUGGCUCAGAUGGAGAAGGAGAUGAACUACCUGCGUACGGAGCUGGAAGCACAGAAGGAGGCCAACGUCCGCUCUCCCAGCAAUACCAUGAAAAACCUUGUGGAACGACUGAAGGCACAACUAACCCAGAAGGAGAAGCAGCUCAAGGCUCUCAGUAAGGCUCUGCUGGAGUUGCGGGCAGAGAUGACGUCGGCUGCUGAGCAGCAAGUGAUAGCCAGCGCUGCGCAGAAAGAGGAGAGUCUCAAUGUUCAGAUGCUGAUUGACAGACACACCAAAGACCUGAAGGCGCAGGUACAGGAGCUGAGUGAAGAACUGCUCACUGCGAAGGAGUCUGUCAGAGCAGCUAGAGGCCGCGAACACGUCCUGAAAGAGGAAGUGGACAGACUGAACCAGGACUACCAGAGAUGUCAGAAAAUGCAGAGAAGACUGCAGGCCGACAAGGACGAACGAGAGCAGGAGAACCUGCAGCUCAAGCAGCAAGUGAAGAGGCUGACAAGUGCCAUGCAGAAUCAACCAGAGCCAGAUGAGAGAGUGCAGAGCGUCGAGAAUCUACAGAAUAAGAUCAGGAGGCUGGAGUCUGAGCUGCAGAAAACCUCUGAACUUAAGGAGAACCAUGGAAAGAAUAAAGAAGGAGUUGUGCGGUGGGAGGAGAGCAAAAAAUGGCAGGCCAAAGUGGAGAAGGUGAAGAAUUUGCUCAAGGAGAAGGAAAGAGAAAAUGAGUCCCUGUCAAAGCAGCUUAGUACUUUGAGAGACCUUUAUUCCAGACUGGAGCAGGAGAAGGGUGCGCUGCAAAAAAAACUGAGAGCUCGAGGUGUGACCGCAGAUCAGGUGGUGGGAGUGCGAUUUACUGAACUGGAGAAGGAGAUGGAGGAGCUGAAGAAGAAAAACUCAGAGCUGGAGACAGAGCUUGCAUCUAUAAGACAGCACCAGGCUGUACCCCGUGACGACGCCAUGGAGAGCCUGAUGCUGAGGAACAACAUCCUGCAGGACAGAGUCCACGCCUUAGAAGCCCAGAUAACCAAAGAGUCUCCAUCACGGCCCUCUACUUCAGGACGAGGUACAGGCACUCCAUCGCAGAGAGACCACGACCUUUCAAAGGAAAACCUCAGACUGGCCUCUGAAAACCUGGAGCUGCGCUUCCAGCUGGAGCAGGCCAACAUGGACCUACCCAGACUCAAGAAUCAAGUGGCAGACCUGAAAGAAAUGUGCAGCGCGCUGAAAAAGGACAAGAGCAAAUCCGAGAAGAAGCUGGCUCACAUACGUGGGGCUGGUCAGAGUGGAAAAACUGUGCCUGAACUGGAGAAGACCAUAGGAUUGAUGAAGAAGGUGGUGGAGCGGGUGGAGAAGGAAAAUGAGGCACUAAAGAAGUCCAGCGGUGCUGCAACUCGAGACAAAGUAGCUGCUCUGGAGAAGGAGAAGGAGAAGCUGAAGAGUGACUAUGAGACUCUGAAGCGUCAAGGUGAAGCAGAGCUGAGCUCAAAACUUGAAUCAAAGGUCAAAGGUCUGGAGAAGAUAGUGAUGGAAAAUGAGCGGCUACGAAAGGAUAUUAAACAGGAAGUGGAAGCUGCAGAGAAGCUUCGUGUGGAAAAGACAAGUCUAGAGGUGACCAAGGAAGCUCUUGAGACGGAGCUGGAAGAGACCAAGGAAAGGCUGCAGGCAGCUCUGUCCAAACCUUUGACUGAGGCCGCGGCAGACCGCAAGAGCUCAAAGACCUCUGUUGUAACCAGAAUGUUUGAGAACAAGAUGAAGGAGCUGGAGAAAGAGCUUUCCCAGAAGACAUCCAGCCUCUCUGAACUCAAACAGCAGCUGAGAGACGGGAAGGAGCGCGAGGAAAAAGCUCACGCAAUCAUUCGACAACUUGAGGAUCAGGUUGACACAUUCAGAAAGUUUCCAGUGACUGCAAAGAGUUCUGCAGACGUCCACACCGACUCCCAGACCGCCAGACUGGAGACGCAGAAAGGGGAGUCGAGCAGAAAGUUAAGCCAAGAGGUCAAAAGUGGAGGUGCUCAACCAUCCGGACCAGGUGAGAGUAGACUUUUUACUAAACUUCAGGAGAACAUUUGGAAGAGUGCCUCUUUAACCGUAUGAGUUGACAAUAAAGUGAGGUAAAUCCCCUCAGUCGGGUUCAGGCGACCAGAAGACUGCUGACCCAACAGUCACUGCUGCUCCCCACUAGCACAAACCCAUGGAGGAGUUCUGCUGACACGGCUGCUUUUAGAGAGAUUCAGCAAAGCAUGUUCACAUGCAGACAUACAGACCAUUUUCAAAUCAAAGAUCCUACAUUCCAGUGACGUGCGGUUGGAGGAGGAUAAGCAAGAUAUAGCUUAAAAAAUGCAUGAAUUACAUAAAAUGAAUGUACUUUUUAAAACUAAAAAUAAAAACCAAAUUUUAUUCUUUUAGACAUGUCUUUUCUAAGAUUACCUUUUUUCUGUGUGGGUUUUCAACGUUUCUCCAGUGAAAAAAAAAAAAAAAAAAAGCAGCGAAUAUUUUCCUGUUCAAAUAGAGCAAACAGCGCUGGGUGAGCCAGCUGUAGCCCCGCCUCCCCGGCGCAGCACACACUGACUGUAGCUGACACAUGCUCUGUAUUGUUUCAUUCUUUCAUCAUCAUAAAAGACACUUUAUUUUAAAAUGACCUAAUUUGCUAAUCCCUUGCCAUCUGUCUGAUUACAUCGAUGCCAGUUUGUGACUCAUUUAGUCUUUUUAUCCACUAAAAAUGCGCUUUAAAAACACACAAGGUGAGGCAGACAGUCCGCCUGCCGCACCGCAGUACUCAUGCCACGAGGCAGAGGGCGCCAGUGAGCCCAGAGAAUAAUAGAUUUAGCAGCAGCAAGUCAAGUACAGCUGUUACUCUUAAAUGCUGUUUAGUGUCAAUUUCUAAAUGGAGGAUUUUGUUUUUAAACCCAUAAACUCAAGAAUUUGUUUAGACUCAUCACUGGUACUUUAUUAAUCCUUCUGGAAAUUAGGUGGCUGUCCUUGCUCCAUACACACAACACAGUUUAAACAGUGACAGACACAUAAUAAAAAUAUAAAAAAAAAUAGUUGUUUAAAAAACUAAU